AUGGGUGUCCCCAAAUUCUUCCGAUGGAUGAGCGAGCGCUAUCCCGCCAUCUCCCAGCUUAUCGCCGAGAACCGCAUUCCCGAGUUCGACGCUCUUUACCUUGAUAUGAACGGUAUCAUCCACAACUGCACCCACAAAGACGGCGACCAUGUCACCAAGCGCAUGACCGAGGACGAGAUGUUCAUCGCCAUCUUCAACUACAUCGAGCACUUGUUUGGCAAGAUCAAGCCCAAGCAGCUCUUCUUCAUGGCCAUCGACGGUGUCGCUCCCAGAGCAAAGAUGAACCAGCAGCGUGCCAGACGUUUCCGUACUGCUCUCGAUGCUGAAAAUGCUCGCGAGAAGGCCAUCGCGGCUGGUACUGAGAUGCCCAAGGAAGCCCCCUUCGACAGCAACUGCAUUACCCCUGGAACCGAGUUCAUGGCUCGUCUUACACAACACUUGAAGUACUUCAUCGCCAAGAAGGUCUCUGAAGACAUCGACUGGCAAGGCCCCGAGAUCGUUCUUUCCGGACACGAAGUCCCUGGAGAGGGAGAACACAAGAUCAUGGAGUACAUCCGCAAAGCCAAAUCACAACCCGACUACGACCCCAACGUCCGCCACUGCCUUUACGGCCUCGACGCUGAUCUCAUCAUGCUGGGUCUUCUCAGCCACGACCCUCACUUCUGUCUUUUGCGUGAAGAGGUUACCUUUGGCCGCCAGAGCAAGGCCAAGUCAAAGGAGCUGGAACACCAGAAUUUCUAUCUCAUGCAUCUUUGCAUAGUCCGCGAGUAUCUUGAGCUGGAAUUCCAAGAGUUGAAAGAGCCCGGAGUUCUGGGUUUCCAAUUCGAUAUGGAGCGUGUCAUUGACGAUUUUAUUCUUAUGGCUUUCUUCGUCGGUAACGAUUUCUUACCCAACCUGCCUCAUCUACACAUCAACGAGGGCGCUUUGGCCCUCAUGUUCGGCGUCUACAAGAAGAUUUUGCCUCUCGCCAAGGGCUAUAUCAACGAGGGCGGUGUUAUUAACCUCGACCGACUUUCUAUACUCCUCGAUGAGCUCUCCCACGUAGAGUUCCGCCAUUUCGAAUCGGAAAAUGCCGAUGCUAGCUGGUUCAAGGGCAAGCAGACUGGCCGUGAAGAUGUCAUGGUCAGAACUAAGAACAAGGGCAAGGUUGUCAUGACCUCGUCGCAAAAGGAGGUUUACGCUCGCGUCAGACAAUACGUCAACAGUCGCCCUGCCGACUCCGAGCCCGCACCUCUCGAUUUAUCCGCCUCGCUUCCUGCACGCGACCGAAAGUUCGUCGAAGACCUCGCCGACAGCCUCCACCUGCAAUGGAAGAGUGUUGUUGACGAUCAAGGCGAGCGUCAUCUCCAGCUCUCGUUNCUUCCUCGCCCUCCAUCCGAUGACUCGGACGAUGAAGAGGACGAGGAAGCCCAGACAGCGCUCCUCAGAGUGGUCAAGAGAUAUGAUAAUGCUGAAAUCGUCGACAUCAGUGCUGAGGAGGCUCAAGAGCAGAUGACCAAGAAGUACGACGAAAAGUUCGCCCAGUGGAAGGACACCUACUACAAGUCCAAGUUCGAAUGGGGCACUGAGAACGAGGAGGAGCUCCGCAAGUUGACCGAAAACUACGUUCAAGGCUUGCAAUGGGUUCUGUACUACUACUACCAAGGUGUCGUGUCAUGGCCCUGGUAUUACGGUUACCAUUACUCGCCCAUGAUCUCCGACGUCAAGAGAGGUCUCAAGGCCAACAUGGACUUCAAGCUUGGCCAACCCUUCCGUCCUUACCAACAACUCAUGGGUGUGCUUCCCGAUAGAAGUAAGACGAUCGUGCCCGACGUCUACCACCCUUUGAUGACUAGCCCUGACUCACCUAUCAUCGAUUUCUACCCCCGCGACUUCGAUCUUGACAUGAACGGCAAGAAGAUGGAGUGGGAAGCUGUUGUCAAGAUUCCUUUCAUCGACGAGCAGCGCUUGCUCAGCGCCAUGUCUACUAGAGAUCAUCUGCUAUCAGACGCACAGCGCGCCCGCAACGAGUUCGGUGUUAGCUUGAAGUUCAGCUACGCAGCCGAGAUGAACUUCACCUACCCAUCAUCCCUGCCCGGCGUUUUUCCAGACAUUCCUAACUGUAAGUGUGUCGAAAACAUUUUCGAGCUCCCUACUAUGGAAGGUCUGGAUGUCUACAUUGGUCUUGUUGAGGGUGUCAAGCUUGGUGAAGAUGCUUUGGCUGGAUUCCCUAGCUUGCGCACCCUCCCUACCACCGGCACUCUUGGCUUCCACGGAGUCAACGUUUUCCAACAAGAGAGCAGGAACGAAAGCAUGGUUGUUACUCUGAUGAAUGCAGAGGAGACCAGCAGCAUUGAGCAUGCCAAGCUCAAGCUUGGAAAGGCCGUUCAUGUCGGCUUUCCCUUCUUGCACGAGGCAAAGGUUACCAAAGUUUCCGACGAACUGUUUGAUUAUGUUCUUACCAACUCCAAUGACGAGGCUUCACCAAACAACAUCGAGGCCAUUCCUCAUGGUGCCCCCGAGAUCUCGAACUGGAAGAAGAAGGCCAGCCGCAUUGAGAGCGUCUAUUCAAAGAGACUAGGUGUUGUCAUCAGUGAUGUUGAGGCUAUGGUUCACGUCGAGAUGCUUGUUGGUCUGAGAAAGACGGACGAGGGUGCUACCGUCAAGGAGUAUUCCAUGGUUGAGGGUCUCGAGGCUGACUACGCUGCCCAAGCCAUUGUCGACGAAGUCGUCUCUGCCGACCAACGUUUCUUGGAGAAGGCUGCUCUUCCGCUCGAAGAAGAGUUUCCUCUCAACUCCCGCGCCUUCUUCCUUGGCGACUUCAAUUACGGUAGACCCGCUAUUGUCGACGGCCAUGAGAACGGCAAGACCAACGUUAGGGUUAACACGGUCAAGGUCAGGGAACCUGACUUCGGUCACCAGAUCGCCCAUCAGGCCGAACGCCAGUUUCCCUACAAGCCUGCCUUUGCUGUUGCAAGAGAACUGAACCUGCACCCUCUUGUACUGUCCAAGUUGACUGCAUCUUUCCGUGUCAAUUCAUCAGGACUGCAGCUCAACCUCGGUCUCAACCUCAAGUUUGAGGCUCGCAAGAUGAAGGUUUUGGGCUACAGUCGCAAGUCGGAGCGUGGUUGGGAAUACAGCCAGAAGGCCGUCGAUCUGAUUGCUACUUACAUGACCAAGUUCCCCGAGUUUGUCGCACGCAUCCAAGCCAAUCCUUCGGGUGAUGUGUUCAACGACACCGAUUUCUACCCUGCCGACGUCGCUAAGGACAAGAUGAAGGAGAUUGGUGCUUGGCUUAAGAGCGUCGAGACCAAGUCUUUAGAGCGUGUCCCUCUGGACGCUGAACAGAUGAACUCCGACACUGUCAUGGCCCUAGAGCGUGCCGCAGAGCACUAUCUGUCUCUCUCUGCCAACCAGAUCGAGGACAAGCCCAUGCGUGGCGUGCCUCGUCAUGCUCUGCUCAAACCUAGUGAUGCUGAGCAACGUCUUGGUGCUCAGCGCUUCACCCUGGGUGAUCGCAUUGUCUACGUCCAAGACUCUGGUCGUGUUCCUAUCGCUUCCAGAGGUACCGUCGUCGGUGUGACCAAAACACCCAGAAUGACCAUGCUCGAUGUCGUGUUUGACUACUCUUUCAUGUCUGGUACCAGUCUUGGCGACCGCUGCAGUCCUUUCAGAGGCAGCACUGUUCCUGUUACCAGCGUUUUGAACCUGACCGACAGACAAUGCAUCGCCGAGAGCAAGGCUGCUGCAUCAAAGCGUCAGCCUCCCAAACAAACUCCCUGA